GGGGCGGGGCGGGGGCGGGGCCGGCGCGGCCGGAGAGGGAGCGGGCGCCGGCAGGCACCGGGAGCACCGCGGCCGCGCAGCGAGCAAUGGCCUGAGCCCCCAUGGCUGCUCCUCAGGACCUGGACAUCACUGUGUGGCUGGCCAAGGUACAUCUGGAGCAGUAUGCAGACACGUUCCGGCAGCAUGGCCUGGCUACAGCAGGUGCAGCCCAAGGCCUGGGCCACGAGGAACUGAGGCAGUUGGGCAUCAGCGCCACAGGGCACCGGAAACGCAUUCUGCGCCUGCUGCAGGCAGGCACUGUGGAGGACUCCCUGGAUCUCAAGUCGGAUAGUACCAUGGAACCAACCCCCAGCCCAGAACCCCAACCCCAGCCCUCCAAGCCCAUACCCAAGCCCAGGACAGUGUUUAGUGGGCUUGGUGGCCCUACUACCCCCCAGAGGCCUGCGAUGAGCCCAACCUUCUGGGCACCAGAAGUGUCCAGAAGCUCAAAGUCCAGUUCCAGUCCACCUCUUCUUCCUACAUCUUCCUCUGAGCAGCUGUCGACCUCAAAUACCAUUGAGAUGAUGCCCAAUGCCAUCUACUUUGGCCUGGACUUAAGAGGCGGGGCACAGGCAGCUCAGGACAAGGGUCCAGACAGCUCCCAGACAGCUGCUCCUACCCCUGCCCCCACCCCUACCCCAAGGCCCACAACAGGCACAGUGCACAUCAUGGAUCCUGGUUGCCUGUACUAUGGUGUCCAGCCUGUGGGGGGCUCAGGCACUACUGACAGAAGAGAGAGCAGAGGUGUCUGUCAGGACAGGGCUGAACACAGGCUCAGCAGGCAGGAUCUGGAGGCACGGGAAGAUGCUGGCUAUGCCAGCCUUGAGCUACCUGGGGACUCCAUCCUCUCACUACCCACCUUGGACACAGAGGAGACCAGUGAUGACCUCAUUUCACCCUACGCCAGCUUCUCCUCUACUGCAGACCGCCCCAUGCCCCUGCUCAGUGGCUGGCUAGACAAACUCUCGCCUCAGGGAAACUAUGUCUUCCAGAGACGCUUUGUGCAGUUCAAUGGAAGGAGUCUGAUGUACUUUGGCAGUGACAAGGACCCCUUCCCCAAGGGUGUGAUCCCCCUGACUGCUAUUGAGAUGACCCGCAGCAGCAAGGACAAUAAGUUCCAGGUCAUCACGGUCCAGAGAGUGUUCGUGUUCCGCACAGAGAGUGAGGCUCAGCGGGACAUGUGGUGCUCCACAUUGCAAUCCUGCCUGAAGGAGCAGCGCCUCCUGGGCCACCCACGGCCACCCCAUCCGCCCCGACCCCUCCUUACUGGCAUGCUAGAGCUACGUGGACACAAGGCUAAGGUGUUUGCUGCCUUGAACCCUGGAGAGCUGGCCCUGUACAAGAGUGAGCAGGCCUUCUCUUUGGGUAUCGGGAUCUGCUUCAUCGAACUGCAAGGCUGCAGUGUCCGGGAGACUAAGAGCCGAAGCUUCGACCUGCUCACACCCCAUCGCUGCUUCAGCUUCACAGCAGAGUCUGGGGGGGCUCGGCAGAGCUGGGCGACCGCUCUGCAGGAAGCAGUAACCGAGACCCUGUCUGACUACGAGGUGGCUGAGAAGAUCUGGUCAAAUCGGGCAAACCGGCACUGUGCAGACUGCGGAGCCUCCCGCCCAGACUGGGCUGCUGUCAACCUGGGGGUGGUCAUCUGCAAGCAGUGUGCAGGUCAGCACCGGGCCCUGGGUUCUGGGAUCUCCAAGGUACAGAGCCUGAAGCUGGACACGAGUGUCUGGAGUAAUGAGAUAGUGCAGUUGUUCAUUGUCCUGGGCAAUGAUCGUGCCAACCGCUUCUGGGCAGCAGCCCUACCCCCAGGUGAGGGGCUGCAUCCAGACUCCACCCCUGGCUCCCGGGGAGAAUUCAUCUCCCGAAAGUACCGGCUGGGUCUUUUUCGGAAGCCCCACUCUCAGUAUCCAGAUCAUAACCAGCUUCUCCAGGCACUGUGUGCAGCUGUGGCAGGACCCAACCUGCUGAAGAACAUGACCCAGCUCCUCUACGUGGAGGCCUCUGAGGUCGAGGAGCCCUGGUCCCCCUCAGCCCUCGAUGGUAGCUUGCCCAGCCUUCUACCCCCAGACCCUGGUGUGUACAAUGAGGUGGUGGUGCCUGCCACCUACAGCGGCUUCCUGUACUGCGGUCCCAUCAGCAACAAGGCUGGACCCCCACCCCCUCGGAGGGGCCGAGAUGCUCCUCCUCGGCUGUGGUGCGUUUUGGGAGCAGCCCUGGAAAUGUCUGCAUCAGAAAGCAGCCCCGAACCCGUCAGCCUCAUCCAGCCCCAGGAUGUUGUGUGUCUGGGUGUGAGCCCCCCACCCAUUGACCAAAGCGACCUUGACAGGUUCCCUUUUUCCUUUGAGCUCAUCCUCACUGGAGGGAGGAUCCAACAUUUUUGCACAGAGGGAGCAGAUAGCCUGGAGGCCUGGAUCAGUGCUGUGGGCAAGUGGUUCUCCCCGCUGAGCUGUCACCAGCUGCUGGGGCCUGGGCUGCAGCGGCUGGGCCGCCUGUGGCUGCGUUCCCCGUCCCACACAACCCUGGCCCCUGAUGACUGGCUGUCAGCGUUUGGCCUGCUUCGUGGUGACCAUCUGUUUCUGUGUCCAGCACCGGGCCCUGGGCCACCAGCCUCUGAGGACAUGGUGCAUUUACGGCGGCUGCAAGAGAUCAGUGUGGUCUCUGCAGCUGGCACUCCAGACAAAAAGGAGCACUUGGUCCUGGUGGACACCGGAAGAACCCUGUAUCUGCAGGGAGAGGGUCGGCUGGACUUCUCAGCGUGGAACACAGCCAUCAAGGGGGCUGCCGGAGGGGGAGGCACAGGGCUGCAGGAGCAGCAGAUGAGCCGAGGUGACAUUCCCAUCAUCGUGGAUGCCUGCAUCAGUUUUGUCACCCAGCAUGGGCUCCAGCUGGAAGGGGUGUAUCGGAAAGGGGGUGCUCGGGCCCGCAGCCUGAAACUCCUGGCUGAGUUCCGGCGGGAUGCACGGUCGGUGAAGCUUCGGCCAGGGGAGCACUUUGUGGAGGAUGUCACUGACACACUGAAACGCUUCUUCCGAGAGCUGGAUGACCCUGUGACCUCUGCUCGGUUGCUGCCUCGCUGGAGGGAGGCUGCCGAGCUACCCCAGAAGAACCAGCGCCUAGAGAAAUACAAAGAAGUCAUUGGCUGCCUGCCUCAGGUCAACCGCCGCACACUGGCCACCCUCAUUGGGCAUCUGUAUCGGGUGCAGAAGUGUGCAGCCCUGAACCAAAUGUGCACCCGGAACCUGGCCCUGCUGUUUGCACCCAGUGUGUUUCAGACAGAUGGACGGGGGGAGCAUGAGGUGCGGGUGCUGCAGGAGCUCAUUGAUGGCUACGUCUCGGUCUUUGAUAUUGAUUCUGACCAGGUAGCUCAGAUUGACUUGGAGGUCAAUCUUAUCACCACCUGGAAGGAUGUGCAGCUGUCCCAGGCUGGAGACCUAAUCAUGGAGGUUUAUAUAGAGCAGCAGGUCCCGGACAGCUGCGUCACCCUGAAGGUGUCUCCAACACUGACUGCUGAGGAGGUGACUAACCAGGUACUGGAGAUGCGAGGGACAGCAGCAGGGACAGACCUGUGGGUGAUGUUUGAGGUCCUCGAGCAUGGGGAGCUUGAGAGGCCACUGCACCCCAAAGAAAGAGUCUUAGAGCAGGCCUUGCAGUGGUGCCAGCUUUCAGAGCCCUGCUCAGCCUCUCUGCUCCUGAAGAAGGUCUCCCUGGCCCAGGCUGGCUGCCUUUUCACAGGUGUGCGGCGGGAGAGCCCUCGCGUGGGGCUGCUGCGAUGUCGGGAAGAGCCGCCCCGCUUGCUGGGAAACCGCUUCCAGGAGAGGUUCUUUCUGCUGCGGAACCGCUGUCUGCUGCUGCUCAAAGAGAAGCGGAGCUCUAAACCAGAACGGGAGUGGCCUCUGGAGAGUGCCAAAGUCUACCUAGGAAUCCGCAAGAAGUUAAAGCCUCCAACGCCGUGGGGCUUCACAUUGAUGCUGGAGAAGAUGCUACUCUACUUGGCUUGCAAUGAUGAGGAUGAGAUGUGGGAUUGGACUACCAGCAUCCUUAAAGCUCAGCAUGAUGACCACCAGCCAGUGGUUUUAAGACGCCGUUCCUCCUCUGACCUCGCCCGUCAGAAGUUUGGCACUAUGCCCUUGCUGCCCAUCCGUGGAGAUGACAGUGGAGCCACCCUCCUCUCUGCCAAUCAGACCCUGGCCUCACUGUAUGUUUUUCCCUCCUUUCCUCGCCAUCCUACAUGUGCCCAGCGCCGACUACACAACCGGAGGACCCUGUCCAUGUUCUUUCCGAUGAAAUCACCCCAGGGGUCUGUGAAAGAACAAGAGGAGCUGGAGGACCCUGUGUAUGAGGAGCCGGUGUAUGAGGAGGUAGGGGACUUCCUGGAGCUCGCCAAGGAAAUCUCCACAUCCUUCUCAACCACACAGGAAUGGACGGCCAAGACAGAAAGCCCCCUCCCCAGCCAGAGGUCCUUUGAUGAACCCCUUCUCUCCAAGACAAGCACCCUAGGCUGGGAGGAGAGGCCACCUGAGCCCCCUUCAGGCCCCCCUUCAAAAAGCAGUCCCCAGGCACAGGGGUCUCUGGAGGAACAGCUGCUCCAGGAACUCAACAACCUCAUUCUGAGGAAGGGAGAGACCACUGUAUGUUCAGAAAACCCUUCCCAGUCAUCCAGCCCCAAUGGUCUUGCAACACAGACACCUGGCUUCCCCCCGCAAGCCCCCUGCACUUCCGGUCUGCCUUCCAGCCAGCCUCUGACUUGACUCUGGGACCAGCAGCCACGGGGGUAGGAAUCCAGAGGCGGACCUAGGUUAUCACCAUGGCAGACACUGCUGGGAUCUUCCUUUGCUGUUGCUGGAAAGACUUUAGACUCCAGUGUGGAGCUAUGGAAGAAGCACUGGUCUGAGGGCCCCAGAAGCCAUGGCUGUCAGGGAGGUCAUAGCUCCUCUGGGUGGCCUCAGCCCAUUUAUCUGUAUCAUGAAGUCACUGAAAUAAGGAGUAAACACCAAACUGUGUUUCUUGGAUGUAAACCCCACAUGUUUUCUCUCAACAAGGGCAACUCUUGCUUUAUGUAUCUGAUAUGUAAGAGUUAUGUGAGGAGUCGGGGCUGGGGGUUUAGCUCAGCAGCAUAAGCGCCUGCCUUGCAAGCAGGCAGUCGUGAGUUCGAUCCCUGGUACCGAUAAAAAAAAGAAAAAGACAAAAAAAAAAAAAAAAAGUUAUGUGACAAGUUUGCAAUAAAAGGAUGGUUUUACUUGCAUUAGAGAAAAACAAGUUUGCAACCAGAGACCUGGAUGAUGUUCAAGGCUAUCAUAUCCUACUCCCUACUUUUCAGGACUACAUUGAAGCCCUGGGAUGGGGGAAUUGAUUGGGCUUCAGAACUGGGGUAAGGAGAGCCAAAAAAUAAAAAAGAGAGUGGGUCACUGUUUAUUAA